CCUCUCUUCUAAACGUGAGAAAGGGGCUCAAGUUCUCAUUAUUUUUAGCGGUUUCGAUAGUAGAAACGCCCUAGAGUUCAAACGGCUAAAAGCAGCGUCGUAGCCAAAUCGCCGUCGCUGCACUCGGUGCGAGUGUGUACUAGUUGCUUCCCUUAGAGAUGGUGAGACUUACUGCCGAUUUGAUUUGGAAGAGCCCUCACUUCUUCAAUGCCAUUAAGGAGCGCGAAUUGGAUCUUCGAGGUAACAAAAUUGCUGUAAUUGAAAACUUGGGAGCUACCGAGGAUCAAUUUGAUACUAUUGAUUUGUCUGACAAUGAGAUUGUGAAGCUCGAGAACAUGCCUCUUCUUAAUCGUUUGGGUACUUUGAUUAUUAACAACAAUAGAAUUACUCGAAUCAAUCCCAACAUUGGAGAGUUCUCGCCAAAGUUGCACACUUUAGUUCUCACAAACAACAGGCUUGUCAACUUGGUGGAGAUUGAUCCUCUCGCCUCGCUUCCCAAGUUGCAGUUCUUAAGUUUGUUGGAUAAUAAUAUCACCAAGAAGCCUAAUUAUAGGCUUUAUGUCAUUCACAAACUGAAAUCUCUUCGGGUUCUUGAUUUUAAGAAGGUAAAAAAUAAGGAGAGGCUGGAAGCAGCAAGUCUAUUUGCCUCUAAAGAAGUUGAAGAGGAAGCUAAAAAGGAAUCUGCAAAGAUGUCUGCACCAAUUGAAGCUCCAAAUGUUUCCGAAGUUCCUCCAGAGGAUCAACAAACUCCAAAAGUGGUUGCCCCCACGCCUGAGCAAAUUAUUGCUAUCAAGGCUGCCAUUGUGAAUUCCCAGACACUUGAAGAGGUGGCACGACUUGAACAGGCUUUGAAGUCAGGUCAGCUUCCUGCAGAUUUUCAAAUUCCAGAUGAUAAUGACACCAAGAAUGGAAAAGGUAAAGAUGAGAAAGAGGUCUCAGACAGUGAAGCUGAAGUUGAGCCCAGAAAUACAGAAGAACAGGGAAAUGAUGAACCUGCUCCCAUGGAACAGGAAUAGAAAGGCUAGUCCAGUCUACGUGAAGUCUAUACUCUUUAAGCUUGACGGGUUGUAUCAUCAAGAGAACAUUUGAGUUAGUUUUAGAAUUUCAUCUACUUUAUCAGGGGCUGCCAGAUAUGGAAAACUAUUUCUGUGGUUCUUCUGACACCCCUCCCUUAUGUUACCCUUUUCCCUUGUUGUGACCAGAAAAGCUAAUAGAGGUAAUUUGUUUCUUCAGCUAAAAUGUGGACAUGGGCAUGUAUAACUUUAUGUGUUUGGAAGUAUACAAGUUUUACCAUGUUCUACCAGAACUUGGAAAAUAUUGUUAGCAUUAUUUUGCCCUGAAUUGUGGAUUUCCGGUUUAAAAUGAAGCUUUGUUAGCUUAUCAGCA